CCCUUCCCUCCCCCUACCGACCCCUGUCUGGUCCCCUCUGGGCCUUCGGCCUCUGGUCGUCCGGGCUUGCCGCCCGCCGCAGUCGUCGGGAGGUGGGUGAGGUGACGCAGAAAGCCCCGUUCCGCCCCCCACCUACCCACUCACCACCUCUGCGCGGGCAGCCGCUCCGCUGCACCUUCCGCCAUUUUCCCGCCUGCUAGGGUGGGCCGAUCGCGAUCCUCUGGGUCUCGGGCUCCUGGGUGCCUGUGAUCAGGGAAAGAUGAAUGGAAGGGCUGAUUUUGGAGAGCCGAAUGCAGAAGUUCGAAGACCAAUUCCCCACAUAGGGGCUGAUUACAUUCCAACAGAGGAAGAAAGAAGAGUCUUUGCAGAAUGCAGUGAUGAAAGCUUCUGGUUCAGAUCUGUGCCUUUGGCUGCAACAAGUAUGUUGAUUACUCAAGGAUUGAUUAGUAAAGGAAUCCUUUCAAGUCAUCCCAAAUAUGGUUCCAUCCCUAAACUUAUAUUUGCUUGCAUCAUGGGAUACUUUGCUGGAAAGCUUUCCUAUGUGAAAACUUGCCAAGAGAAGUUCAAGAAUCUUGAGAAUUCCCCUCUUGGAGAAGCUUUACGAUCAGGACAGACACGACGAUCUUCACCAACUGGGCACUAUUCUCAGAGGUCAAAAUAUGACUCAAAUGUGAGUGGUCAUUCAUCUUUUGUGACAUCCCCAGAAGCAGACAACAUAGAAAAAGAGAUGCUUCCUCAUUAUGAGCCAAUUCCAUUCAGUGCUUCUAUGAAUGAAUCUACUCCCACUGGUAUUACUGAUCAUAUUGCCCAAGGACCUGAUCCCAACAUUGAAGAAAGUCCUAAAAGAAAAAAUAUAACAUAUGAGGAAUUAAGGAAUAAGAACAGAGAGUCAUAUGAAGUUACUUUAACACAUAAGACUGACCCCUCAGUCAGGCCUAUGCAGGAAAGAAUGCCAAAAAAAGAAGUCAAAGUAAACAAAUAUGGAGAUACUUGGGAUGAGUGAAAAAUUGCAUCAUUGGACCUACUGAAGGAGUUUAAAAUAUCCAGCUUCAUCUAGGUGGUCAUGAACAUCUGCAUGCUUUGAGCUCAGCAGCAGUCUUCAUAAACACAUUUAAAACUAGAACCUGGGUUUUUGUGGUUUGGCUUAUGAAGAUGAUGUCUUAAAAACUUACAUUUUAAUGUUCAUAUUGUGUGAAUGUAUUCAUUUGGGGGAACUCUUUGAAUGAUGGUAGUAUACCAUGAUUGUACACAGUUUGUGAAAUUGUAUUAAGUUAACAGGGCAAGGAUGCUCUGUUAUAAAACUAUCCAGAGAGUGUAAUGCUCUAGAAUCACUGUAUCUGGAAAUAAAUGAAAUCUGCAUGUUGAAUGGGGGGGGGAGCAAACAUAAUUUUAAGUGUUAAACUUUACAUCAGAAAUUAUUAGAAAGCCUUACUCCAGUGUUUGCUGUAUUCUCUUUAUGGUAAAUAAAAUAUAAAGGAACAUGCA